AAACAAGAUGGCGGAUGAAACAGUGGAUGAGAUAGAAAGGAAAGAAGGUGGUUUUACCAGGGUUUCUGCCAAAAAUAAUACAAGAAAAAGAUUUGUUGGAACUAAGUCACUCGUGGGGAAGAAGUCGGAUACGCUUGCAGGUAUUUUUUUAGUUAAACAAAGACGGUAACUAUUUGAAAUCAGGGUGUGUGUACAAACAUGUACGUGUAUAAUGUCAGGUCCACGUGUUUAUAACGUAACUGUAGAGUCCUCUGGUACAUUAUACAGAACAAGGCUGUGCCCUAAGAAAAACUUAAGGGAGCCCAGUGCUCUGAACCUGUGAAAUCCAGGGUGGCCAGUAUAUGAUUUCUCUGAAAAGUCUAAGAGUUUUUAGUCACCCAAGAGUAUUACUAGAGCACAGCCUUGCAGAGUAUGAGGGGGUGUUUACAUGAGAAAACUCGCAUCGGCGCGAGUUUCACACUGGGAUGACUUUCUGAUUUCGUAUCGCGUUUACACGAUGACUGGGUCAUUUCUUAUCUUGUUAUUUUAAGGUACAUUUCAUGUUGAUAAAAUACACGUGUGGUUCAAAAUCGCAAACAUUAUGCAUGUGCUACCCGUUCCAGUCUACCAGCAGACCGAUUUCACACCGAAAUUGGUGGUCAUUUCGCGUUUACAUGAUAACGUUGGGAGAUUUUGUACCGGAGUGAAAUUCUUGCCGUGGUACAAGAACCGGGGUGAACUCAUGCCGGGGUGACUCGCCCCAGGAUAACAUUUUGUGGUGUUAUCAUGUAAUCAAAUAUAGAGCCAUGAGAGGGAACCGGAGUGAACUCGCUCCGGGGCGACUUUCGCCCCGGUGUCAUGUAAACACCCCCUAAGCAUAAGUUGCAAAGAAUAAGGAAUAUAAUAUAUAGAUUUAGCCAGGGCUUAAAGCGAAGCUCUCGAUAAUAUUUAUAGUUUGUUCAAACAAAAUAUAAAAUCGUGUAAAUGGCAAAGGCAACGCUAGAGAACGGUGAAAAACAACAAUAGGUCUAAUCAGCCAGAAAGCAAAUUUUGCAGGUGUAGCAAAUUUUUUUUGUACAUUUCUUUGCCGUUGUUUUGCACGACUACAAUGUGAAACUUCCAGAAACUUCUUAGUUUCAUGUUUUUUGAAGGAAAGGUCAUACGUGUUCUUGUUCAGUUUUUUUUCACUCCCGCUCAUUUUCACCUUGCAUUGGUGGCUACUAGCAUUUCUCCUUUCGUUACCACCACUACAAAAUUUUCAUGUUGUUAUUCCAACAAAAAAAUGUCUCCUUUUUUUUAUCUCUCGCUCUAGAUCUCUGCUGCUGUUUUUCUCAUUGAGCUUCACUGGCCUGCCGCUUACUUUGUCUUUUUUGGGGGCUGUUUGUCUCUUGCUCUUUAUUUCAAAUUUGUGGACUUGACAAUUAAUCUAAGCUUAAUACUUUAGACAACAUGGAUACAUAAACAAUUUCCGCUUUCCGUUUUGGUCUUUCUUGACUCUUUAGUUGUCUCUGCUUUGCAAAAUGUGGGUGGCUAAGUGAUUCCUCAAUUUGCAUUCGGGUUGCUAUACCUGUUGAUUGAGUUAUUUUACAUUGGUAUGCCUGUGGUGUGGGUGGACGGUUGUCUGGUGGGUGUAUGGUCAAGUGAUUACCAAAUUUUCUUGGAUAUUUAGAGUUUCUUACCUGUGGUGCUCCACUCUGCGGGAGCUCUUCUAUUAGAUGGGUGUUGUGUUACGUAGGUUUGUGGGACUCCGAUGGACUGUUUGGUGGUUUUAAAAGCUUUUAGCUAUGGGGUUACUGGAAUGGGGUGCAAUUCUCAAAAGUAGUUUAACGUGGGGGCUGCACUCUUCUAUGAUGGCAAAAUAUAGGGGUUAAAUUUUUUUCCAUGUCCUUUCAUCCCUAAGGAGACUUUUAAUUAAAGCUACAUAAAAGGUAGAGGAAGAGCGGUUCUUUCUUUGUAUGAGAGGUAUUUUGGGGGUUACAUUUUUGUGCCAUUUACAGUUACUUGGAGGGUGGGGUGAAAUUUUUUGUUGGACUUCUUCAAAUCCUAAAUAACAAACCCCCAGCUUUAAUUAAAAACACCUCUAAAAUAGAGAGAGCUCAUUACAGUUUUCUCACUGCGCAAUAGGUUUUUCUUAUUGAAAGUUUUUACUGCCAAGGGACAAAUGUAACAAAACAUCUUUGACAUUUACAAAUGAGUUGUUCUUCUUUUUUUUAUUGCAACUGGUCACACUAACUUCAUCUUCAUGUCAUAAUUCAAAAUUUGAUUUUUCAUACAUUGACUGCAUUACUUUAACUUCUCAAAUUGAUAUUAAUAUUAUCCCAUAUUCUAUAGCAGUUGCUAAGUUGUGUUAUUUUGCUUAGUGAUAUAGGUAGACUUUUCGUCAAAAAACAAUGAUUUACUCCUGCAACCACCUAAUCUAAGUUGUUACUUUCCUUUAAUAAGCUCAUUGCCAAGGAAUGUUUCAUUGAAUUUUUUUUUCAGAGGUUGGCACAAAUAUCAAGAGAGUUGUAAGGCAGAUUCCAGAGGAAAUUCUAAAUAAUGCAGAUUUGCAGGAUGCUAUUAGACAGGUGAAUAUUACUGGAAUACUCUAUUUAAGAAUACAUGUGUACACGUGUAAAUGCUUUUAAAUGGUACAAUCAAGACAUCAAACCAGAUACUAUAUUGAAUUUUGUGAUGUGUGGAGCAGUCCAGAAGUUGCAUUGUGUACCACUGUGUCAUGCUGCCUAAGAAAUUUUAUGUUUGAAUUUAUCAUUUUUGUUUUCUUUUAAUAUCUGAGUUGCAGGGCAAUAUUAUUAACUCUUGUUGAUGCCAGACACCAUUGGAACCAUCAGGGCUGUGCUGUAACAGUGCCUGAUGGCAUAUGUUUCUACCCCUACCUUAAAUGCUUACCUCUUUGCUUUAGUGUUACCUAUGCCUCAGAAUGAUUAUCGUAAGAAUUUAAUUUCCUAUAAAGCUUUCAGUUCUAUGCAACUCUCUAGACAACAACACAGGAGCCUCUGAGAAUAUCUCUAAAAUUGACUCGUAAUUAAGAUUUACAUUUUUAUUGGUAAUUAUGUAAAAUUAUGAAUUUUUACUUUUGAGAUAAUUGUGAAUAUUUUUCCUUACAACCACAUCUGCUUAACUUACAUGUAGCUAUUAUUUUAUCAUGUUUGCAUAAAUGCUGGUCUUCUUCUUCUUCUGGUUAUUAUUAUUAUUAUUUGAAAUUGCAAAGUGUUUGUAGUGUGAGAGUUUACUAUAAUGUAGAUUGUUAAAAAACUUGAAAUUCUUCUUCUUCAGUUACCCCCAAACUACAAUUUUGAAAUCUUUAAGACUGUUUGGAGGGUCAAAGAAACAAGCUCUAAAAGAGGUAAAAAGAUAUAAUCAAGUCUCUUGUACUCUGUAUAAUCAGCGUGCAAAGAAAUUAGUGUCCGAUAGGCCGAGCCUAGUGGAUUUUGCUAUCGUGCUAGUGAAUUCUGUUCCUAACUUGCCUGAUGAGCAAGUGACGUUUUUUGAGGAAUUCAAAUUACAGAAGAACUGUGAAAUCAAUUCUGCUCAUCAAAAUGUUUUUGGGGCUAGUUGAAAUGAUGUUUGGGCUAGUAAAUGCUAGCUUCAGCUUGCCUGAAUGGUAAGUUUCAAAAUGACUUUCUUUGCACCCUGAAAAGGUUGUGUGUCUCAUAAACACGAUGAUAGAAGACCAGCCUGACAGUAGAUAAUUAUGAAUAAGAGAUUUUUACAAAAUUCUGACUGGCUAAUGACACACAGACUACUGCAACAGGGAGGUGGAGGGGACCAUUUCUUUUUAGUUAUUAUUUGGGAAGGGAUGUGGUUUCUUGUCUCAUUUAAGCAGAAAAUAAUCUGUCUUAACUGAAGAUAAUGUUAUUUUAACUUUGGUUUCUGGAGUUGUAUUUGAAUGAUAAUAGGGACCCUAGCAAACUACGAUAGCAAAAGCAAUGGGAACUUCAAAAAAGCAAUAGGUUUACAGUGUAGGUGAGCAAACUAACAACUCUGCACAUGCGUUAUGCUUUUUUGCAAAUUGCUUUGCCAUCCCUGCAUGUGAAAUGGCCAAAUCGUUUGUUCGCUUGAGAAUGGGAACAGGAAGACAAUAAAUUCUACCAUCUCUUUCUGAACUUGGGGGCAUUUCCCUCAGCUCCUCAGUUGCAACAUAAAUUCCCUUCUUUUAAGUAACUGAGCAGCUUAGGACAAUCGCAAAAAAGCUUGCAAGGAUGCAAAGUCUAUUUUUCAUUGGCGUUUUCAUGGACAUUGCCAUCAUUGGAUCGUUAAGUCCAUAAUAUCCCUGACAUCACAAAAUGCAGUUUAUGGAACAAAAUGCAGAAGUGGGCAAUUGGAUUGAAAUUUUUAGUGUGAUGAUUUAUUCUAUAAAUGAGCUCUAUUCUUUUAGCUGUAAAGAAAAAGAGGUGUCCAUGGCUAGAAGUAUUUUAAUGUAGUCCAUUCUUGUCUACAAAUUGUAAAAUUUAGCAUGGCACGGAUUCGUUUUCUUUUUAAAGGUGUUAUUUAUGGCCAGUUGUCAGGGGCACCCAAUGAGAAUAUAGUUCAAAACCACUAAACAUAGCAUUGUUAAACAUAUUUUAGUAUUUAAACGGUAGAUAUAGGCAUAUUUUUAUCCCCUAAAAAUUCUUCAUUUUUUCGGAUUUCCUAGCUGAAAGUCUAGUGAUCCGAAAAUUAUAGGGAUCAAAACUUACCUUUUUGAAAAUUUCAGCCCGAAAAACCUGUCUUGAUAUAAAAUGCUGUGGCUUGUCACACCAGUCGUCAUUAUUCAGUCAGCUUGCACAAAAGAAAAACAGUUUCAAAAUAUUCUGCACCCGCCCUCCCUUUGGAGAUAGAUAGAUAGUUUAUAAAAAUACACCACAGCUGUGUAUGGCUGAAUUGUCUUUCAUUUAUGGCUGAAUUGGAGACAUCUUUCUUUGUAAUAAAUCAAUAAAUCUUUGGGUCACCCACCUCCCUCCCUCUUGUGGUAUUCUGAAGUGUGGUUUGUGACUUCCCCCAGCCUUUUUAAGCAUUGUUUGUGUCUUGCCAUCUUAUUUGUUUGCCUUCAUCUUGUCCAAUCCAGCCUGUGCAGUGCUGGGGGGAUAAGAAAGGAUCUGCCAAUAUUCUUGUCUUACCCCCCAGUAGUGGGGCAGUAAGUGAGGCUUUGUGCAUGUAACAUGAAGUUGCUAAUCACAUGCUAUUGGGCUGUCCGUUUAUUUUGACUGUUUGCCUCAUUUUGUUCCAUGACUUUUCAUGAGGAUUUUAAAGUGGAUAGUGGAGUGCAGGGUGCAAAGAAAGUCAUUUUUACAGCUUGCCAAUUUCAGCAAGCUGCAGCUAGCAUUUACUAGCCCAAAUGUUAUUUCAACUAGCCCCUAAAAUUUUUGGAUGAGCAAAAUUGAUUUCACAGUUCUUCUGUAAGUUAAAUUCCUCAAAAUACUUCACUUGCCUGUCAGGCAAGUUAAGAAAAGUAUUCACCAGCCUGGUAGCAAAAUCCCCUCGUCCUAUAAUUAUGUCUUUGCACAUUAAAAUAUGGCAUUUUAAUGUUCUUUUGUGUUUUCUGCACUAAAACACUGAAAAUAAUAAUCAACAGUGCAAUGAAUUAAUUAUAGUUUGAUGUGAUCUUACUGUUUCUCACUACCACUUGUUCUUUUGUGUUGUUUUAGUGGCAUUACAGUUCCCAGAAGGACUUCUCAUGUUUGCUUGUACAAUAGCUGACAUCUUGGAAAGGUAUGGUUGACUUCCAUCAUUUUGCCCCCAAUUCUCAAAUUAAAUUCUUGACACCAAAGAAGGGCGAGUGUUUUAACAGGGUAGAGAUCUGCCAGUAACAGUGAGACUGUGAAGAACCCUUGAAGUGGCCAGAUUUCUUUACUUGACUCCCUUCCUAUGUUUAGGGAAAGUACCACGAACAAAGUUUCCAUCUCAGAUUAUUUGUUUACCUUUGUUCCUGUUGCUCAACAAGUUUUGUUUCUUUGUGAAAGUCGCGUUAUUUUCCUUCAUUUUCAACUGUUACCACCUCUUUUGCAUUAAUUUCCUUUAUUCGAAAGUCGUUUUUCAUUAAAUUUGCGUUAAUUUCCAAUACCUAAAUUUCAUGGAGUGUUAAUUUCCUAUAAUAAGGUAUAAUCCUUAUUCAUUGAACCAUUAAGGGCCCGUUUACAUGGAGGUGGGGGACCUCAAGAAUGUGAGGUAACCCGCUCAGGUGGGGUUACCCGCCUGUCCCUAUAAUCUCUCAUUUUAAUUUGAUCACAUUUACAUGAUAGGUGGGGUGACCCGCCAGGGCGAGUAGCCUGGUCUACCAGACUGGGUAACCCUCUCAGCCAGGAUCAAAUUUUGCCAUGUAAACGUUUGAAGGGGGUAACCAGCGCGGCGGGGGUUGGAUUAAAUGAUACAUCAAAUUUGCGCAAAAUUCAUUUUGGCAGUGGCUUUGCAUCAUUAUCAAAGGUAACAAUAAAAAAAGCCACAGCACUGAAAGUUCCAGCAAGAGCAGCAGGGAGUGUAGAAGAGCAAUAAUCAUCACCAAAACACGUGGUUUGCCAGUGUUUUUUUACGAUGUCUGCGCUUAGCGACAAUUCAAUAAUUUUGAAAAAGUGCACCCCGGAAUGGCGGCGUUGUAAGACUGCAUGUAAAUGAGGGUUAUUUUUUACCCCACCUAAGCGUGUGACCUCACCUACCUGGGGUUCCCGCUAGUGGUGUAACGAUUAAUCAAAUUCUCGAUGUAACAAUUAAUCGAAUUCUCGAUGUAACGAUUAAUCGAAUUCUCGAUCGAUUAUUCGCGAUUAUGACCAUUUGGUUUGAUUCACGAAUCUUUCCUUCCACGUUUCAAUUUGGGUUCGAUUUUUGCAGACCUUUUCCAGGGUGCUCUCAGUGAGUUAUUAUAUUUUAAAAUCAGAAUCCAGAACUCUUUAAAAUGCGCGUUUUUGAUUGACGAGCAAAGACGAUAGCAGUUUGUGGGCCAUUUUGUGUUGCCUGUCAAAAUGCUGUCUUCCAACCACCCCUUGAGAAUUUCCAAACAAGGCAAAACAUGUGCGACACGCUAUUUGUCAGGUUCUCAAUCAUGGCGACGAACCAAGCGACUGUGAAUCCUCCUGUCCCUGUUACUGUUCUCAAAUUGAGGGUUUAGGGUUGCAUAUUGUUAACAUUACGCGUUAUGUUAUAAAAAUUACGAAACAUUUAUAUAAUUGAGUCGAAAUAAUCGAAAUCGAAUCGAAUCGCAAGGCACACGUAAACAGUCCCUGAGUGGAUAGAGGGGAAAGCUGCAUUCUGUGUUUCACAGUCAGUCUGUUAUUGUAUUUAGAUUCACAGAGUGUGAUACUGUUAUUAUGGGAGAUGUCACUUAUGGGGCUUGUUGUGUUGAUGACUUCACUGCUAGAGCUCUUGGCUGUGAUUUGAUGGUUCAUUAUGGCCACAGCUGUUUAGGUAAGGACCUGUAUAAUUAAUUAAUUAUAGUAAUUAUAAUUAAUUUUACCAUUAAAGAUGGGCUUACAAUAGCGACAAAGGCAGAGGUGGAGUCAAAAAAAGGCAUAAUUUAAAAAUAAAUAAUGAAAAAGACAUUAUUUGAGGUUCAAGGUUUUCAGGAUUAACUUUUCAAAAACACACGCAUAGAUUUUUUUUCAAACUUUGCCAAGGUAAACUGCCUUAAGUAUUCAUUUAAUCAAUCAAUCAAAGAGUAUAUUUAACUUCGAAUUAGUUGAUAGUAAAAUUCAGUGCUAAUAUCUCCAAAGAAAAUUAGCACACUAGAAGAUUCUAGCAGAAUAUUACUAGAUGUUAAGAAAAUUCCCAUUAAUUAUCAUGUCAUUGUUAUUCUGUUACUAUGGGCGAUGAUGAAACCAAAACGUAAUAAUCAAAGCUCGAUUGAUAUGUUGUUUCAUUUUGUGGCUUUUUCUUACUUGCACUACAGCCAAAAUUACACGGCAUCAAACACGAAGGGAUAAGUCCAUGACAAAUAGGUGCGAGCCUCAUUAAUUGUUUCGGAAAGAAAUUAACCGUUUGCCUCAGAAAAGUAGAGCUGUCACUAAGAUUUCAAGUUACCUGCAGUAAAUACAACGAGUAGGUGGGGAAUGAAACACCUGGGGAUUUCUUUUGGUUCUCUUUUCUUUUAUUUUCUUAUGAAAGAAGCCACGCGUGCUCAUUGUAGCUGGGGGAAAUCUUCCGCUCUAUGGCCUUUAGUGACCACCUUGUGAUAAGCCACUGACCGUAUACCGUUAACUGCAGCUUAUCCGUCUUCAUUAGUGGUUUUGGGAUGGUUUAUCAUGGAGAGGCUUAUAUCUGAGGGGGCUUUUAACUGGAAUAGAAAAAGCACUGUACAGGCCCCGAAAUGAUCCCAAACUCUGAAAUGAUCCCCAAUGCGACCACGAAAUGAUACCGAACCUGAAAUGAUCCGUACCUCUCUUCACAUGGACCCCGAAAUGAUCCCCAAUGGGAAUGGUAUUCCACCACAGAAUUAUUAGGUUUUUCCCGGGUACUCCGUUUCCCCCUCUCCUCUAAAACCAACAUUUCCAAAUUUCAAUUCGACCAGGAAUAAGGUAGACGAAGAAUCACUUUGUGGAUGUGCUACCUCUAAAUCAUUAUUUAUUUUAUAAUUUAUUUAUUUAUUUAUUACAAGUCUGUUGCAGCGCUUACGUUCUUGAAUCGCAUUAUUUUAACAUUACACUAAAGUAUGUGAUUUUUAGCGCUUUUGUCAUCUUAUUGCCUUUAUGUCUACUUUUGCAUCUUCAACAUAAAUAGUGUUAAAACACCAUUUUUAAAAUUCAUAUCCAAUCGUGAAGGCAUGCAUGUUUUAUCAUCAUUUUUAGAAUUUAAUAUCCAUGCCAUUUUCUCUAUAACUCGGGCUAUAAUCACCUAAAAAAAAUUUUAUGCUUUGGAAUGUUUUUAAUUUCUUGAUGUUGUCAGUUGCAGUUCAUGGUUUUGUUAAAAAUAUACUAGACUUUGCGUAUUGAAUAAUGUUAUCGUCUAACCCAAUUAAAAGUGUAAUCCCAAAUUAAUGUCAUUAAAGAAUACGAGCAAGUGAAGAUUACAGGUGAAACUUUAAUCAAUAAUGUGCAUUUUGCUCGAUUCAUAGUUCUAGUAUAUCAUUCCAUUCCAAAAAUUAAUUGGGGAUCAUUUCGGGGUUGGGGAUCAUUUCGGGGCUGGGAUCAUUGAAGACGCUGUACAGCACUUCAAAACAAGCUAUAAUAGCAGUGCUGAUCAAAAAGCAUUUACUGGUUUUUUAUUAAGCUUCAAAAUGUCGUAACAAAUCCAAUUCAUUGUAAUACAUGUUCAGGCUAGACGGGGACGGGGGUCUCAUCAUCGGAUGUAUUUUUUUGCAGGUGGGGUGGGGAGGAGAGUUUACAGUAUACCACCAUCCCUCUUUCCUCCGCAGAGGCCUCUUUGUAUUGUGGGGAGGCUGGGGAGAAAGAAAAAGAGAGCGCGCGGGGCACGAUAGGAAGGGGAAAGAGAGAAGAGACUCCCGCCUUGUCCCUUUUCCCAUCUUCCCCCGUGCGCUUUCUAUUUUUCCGAUUAUUGCUAAUUUUAUAGGGAUACCUAGCAGGAGCCUCAGUGGAGGAGAGAGCCACCACCCCAUUGAGACCGUGUGGAUGGCUAGGAACGUUUUCUGCUCUGGUUAUUUGGAAAGCUGUAAUCAAGAGUAAUUAUUUCUGUUGAUACCUUUACAGUUCCCAUCGACUCUACAAAAGGAAUCAAGAUGCUGUAUGUAUUUGUGGAUAUCAAACUGGACGCUACACACUUUGUUGAUACUGUCAGGCAUAAUUUUGAAGUUGGUUCCUCUCUGGCGUUAGUGAGCACGAUUCAAUUUGUGGCAACUCUUCAAGUAUGUAAAUGUUUUACUAUACUUAUUUACAAUGUGAAAUUUUUCUGAUGGACGGUAGUUAUCAGUCCUCGAUUGUUCGUUUCUCUCUGGGCAUGUAUUGCAAGCAAGAGAGAUUGAUUCAGGCGCUAGGCAAUGGCACACUACGAGCAACUCGCCCUCGUUUCUCGCGGCUUGCAUCUUCGUUGCUCGCUACACGCGUGUUGCGCUUGCUACCCGCCAUUAACUUUGACGAAAAAUAUUACUCUACACUUACCUUUUUGUCAGCAGUGUCAGCUCGUGUACUGACUCUUUUAUUCGUUCGCUCUUCAUUCUCUUAUCUCCUACUCGCUCACGUAUUUUUGAUAAACAAGAAGCUCGAGAGAGCUUCAAUCCGAGCUAUUCAACUUGAAACCGCUGAAGCGUUUUUCUAUUAACCCGUUCCGCGUCAUGAGAAAGCAUCACAUCCGCCACAAGGUUAUUGUUCAUUGCCGGCCCCAUUACAAAUAUACACAUUUAGUCAGUGUUAAGGAGUACUGCGAUUCUUUUUUAUCACUUUCUUGUCUGCCAUGUGAUAGUAAUUAAUUAAUUUUGUUAUUAUUAUUAUUAUUAUUAUUAUUUAGUUAUUUUUUUUAUACCUGGCAUUCAUUGUUUGUUUGCAGAGAGACCGUGAUUUUCUUUUUUGUGCUGGUUGUUAGAUUUGCUGUUUUAAGUGAGAAAAAGAAUUUUUUGUAACGAAGAAAAGGGUAGUUUUUUGCGAAGGAAACUGAAACUCAUUUAUUUUGUUGCUCUUAUUUGGAACUUUAGCGCUUUUGAUUGCAUCGUUUUCUUUCACGGAUGCCGUUUGCCUUUUUAGUGGAUCAGUCACAGAUCUAGUCUUGGAAGUUAAAAUGGGAUUCCUUAGAAUUGAGGCGUAAAUAUCUUUCUUGGUCUUACUGUACAAUAUUUUAUUGGGAUAUUGUGACGUGGACGCCUCCAAAUUUUAUUACCUCGUAGAUCCAUCGCGAACUCUUAGGAACCAUGAUUUUAAGCUAGGGCUGCAGCGCUUUCGCACUAAUUAUAAUAUUUUAGGUGUUCAUUUGUUCGGAUUUCCUAGCUGAAAGUCUAGUGAUCCAAAAAUUAUAGGGAUCAAAACUUACCUUUUUGAAAAUUUCAGCCCGAAAAAAGGCACCCGAAAAUUCUAUGUGGCCUUUUUAGGGUAAAAAUCCGUUAAAAAUGGGCAAUUAUACCAUUUUUUAGAUGUUUGAAAAUGCUUGGAGAGGCUGGCAAGCAAGAAAUUUUACAACAAAUGUUCCGAAAAUUAUAGAUCUCAAAUUGUCCUGUUUUCCGAACAGAUAUUUUCCGAAAAUUGACGUUGGGUGCCCCUGAGUUUUUUAUUUUCAUAGGUCUAUAAGUAACUUAUAGUACAUCUGUAUUUACUGUAUUUGUUGAACUUGGAUACCUGUCUUGAUAUAAAUGCUGUGGCUUGUCACACCAGUGGUCAUUAUUCAGUCAGCUUGCACAAAAGAAAAACAGUUUCAAAAUAUUCUGCACCCGCUCUCCCUUUGGAGAUAGAUAGAUAGUUUAUAGAAAUACACCACAGCUCUGUAUGGCUGAAUUGUGUUUCAUUUAUGGCCGCUGAAUCAUAAACAUCUUGCUUUGUAAUAAAUCAAUAAAUCUUUGGGUCAUCCCCCCUCCCCCCUCUUGCGGUAUUUUGAAGUGUGGGUUGUGACUUCCCCAGCCUUUUUAAGCAUUGUUUGUGUCUUGCCAUCUUAUUUGUUUGCCUUCAUCUUUUCCAAUCCAGCCUGUGCAGUGCUGGGGGGAUAAGAAAGGCUCUGACAAUAUUCUUGUCUUACCCCUCAGUAGUUGAGCAGUAAGUGAGGCUUUGUGCAUGUAACAUGCCACUGCCACUGCCACUGGGCUGUCCAUUUAUUUUGACUGUAUGCCUCAUUUUGUUCCAUGACUUUUCAUGAGGAUUUUAAAGUGGAUAGUGGAGUGCAGGGUGCAAAGAAAGUCAUUUUUACAGCUUGCCAUUUGGGCAAGCUGCAGCUAGCAUUUACUAGCCCAAACGUUAUUUCAACUAGCCCCUAAAAUUUUUGGAUGAGCAAAAUUGAUUUCACAGUUCUUCUGUAAGUUAAAUUCCUCAAAAUACUUCACUUGCCUGUCAGGCAAGUUAAGAACAGUAUUCACCAGCCUGAUAGCAAAAUCCCCUCGUCCUAUAAUUAUGUCUUUGCACAUUGAAAUAUGGCAUUUUAAUGUUCUUUUGUGUUUUCUGCACUAAAACACUUAAAAUAAUAAUCAACAGUGCAAUGAAUUAAUUAUAGUUUGAUGUGAUCUUACUGUUUCUCACUACCACUUGUUCUUUUGUGUUGUUUUAGUGGCAUUACAGUUCCCAGAAGGACUUCUCAUGUUUGCUUGUACAAUAGCUGACAUCUUGGAAAGGUAUGGUUGACUCCCAUCAUUUUGCCCCCAAUUCUCAAAUUAAAUUCUUGACACCAAAGAAGGGCGAGUGUUUUAACAGGGUAGAGAUCUGCCAGUAACAGUGAGACUGUGAAGAACCCUUGAAGUGGCCAGAUUUCUUUGCUUGACGCCCUUCCUAUGUUUAGGGAAAGUACCACGAACAAAGUUUCCAUCUCAGAUUAUUUGUUUACCUUUGUUCCUGUUGCUCAACAAGUUUUGUUUCUUUGUGAAAGUCGCGUUAUUUUCCUUCAUUUUCAACUGUUACCACCUCUUUUGCAUUAAUUUCCUUUAUUCGAAAGUCGUUUUUCAUUAAAUUUGCGUUAAUUUCCAAUACCUAAAUUUCAUGGAGUGUUAAUUUCCUAUAAUAAGGUAUAAUCCUUAUUCAUUGAACCAUUAAGGGCCCGUUUACAUGGAGGUGGGGGACCUCAAGAAUGUGAGGUAACCCGCUCAGGUGGGGUUACCCGCCUGUCCCUAUAAUCUCUCAUUUUAAUUUGAUCACAUUUACAUGAUAGGUGGGGUGACCCGCCAGGGCGAGUAGCCUGGUCUACCAGACUGGGUAACCCUCUCAGCCAGGAUCAAAUUUUGCCAUGUAAACGUUUGAAGGGGGGUAACCCGCGCAGCCGGGGUUGGAUUCGUGAUACAUCAAAUUUGCGCAAAAUUCAUUUUGGCAGUGGCUUUGCAUCAUUAUCAAAGGUAACAAUAAAAAGCCACAGCACUGAAAGUUCCAGCAAGAGCAGCAGGGAGUGUAGAAGAGCAAUAAUCAUCACCAAAACACGUGGUUUGCCAGUGUUUUUUUUACGGUGUACGCGCUUAGCGACAAUUCAAUAAUUUUGAAAAAGUGCACCCCGGAAUGGCGGCGUUGUAAGACUGCAUGUAAAUGAGGGUUAUUUUUUUACCCCACCUAAGCGUGUGACCUCACCUACCUGGGGUUCCCCGCUAGUGGUGUAACGAUUAAUCAAAUUCUCGAUGUAACAAUUAAUCGAAUUCUCGAUGUAACGAUUAAUCGAAUUCUCGAUCGAUUAUUCGCGAUUAUGACCGUUCGGUUCGAUUUACGAUUCUUUCCUUCCACGUUUCAAUUUGGGUUCGAUAUUUGCAUACCUUUUCCAGAGUGCCCUCAGUGAUUUAUUUUAUUUUAAAAUCAGAAUCCAGAACUCUUUAAAAUGCGCGUUUUUGAUUGACGAGCAAAGACGAUAGCAGUUUGUGGGCCAUUUUGUGUUGCCUGUCAAAAAUGCUGUCUUCCAACCACCCCUUGAGAAUUUCCAAACAAGGCAAAACAUGUGCGACACGCUAUUUGUCAGGUUCUCAAUCAUGGCGACGAACCAAGCGACUGUGAAUCCUCCUGUCCCUGUUACUGUUCUCAAAUUGAGGGUUUAGGGUUGCAUAUUGUUAACAUUACGCGUUAUGUUAUAAGAAUUACGAAACAUUUAUAUAAUUGAGUCGAAAUAAUCGAAAUCGAAUCGAAUCGCAAGGCACACGUAAACAGUCCCUGAGUGGAUAGAGGGGAAAGCUGCAUUCUGUGUUUCACAGUCAGUCUGUUAUUGUAUUUAGAUUCACAGAGUGUGAUACUGUUAUUAUGGGAGAUGUCACUUAUGGGGCUUGUUGUGUUGAUGACUUCACUGCUAGAGCUCUUGGCUGUGAUUUGAUGGUUCAUUAUGGCCACAGCUGUUUAGGUAAGGACCUGUAUAAUUAAUUAAUUAUAGUAAUUAUAAUUAAUUUUACCAUUAAAGAUGGGCUUACAAUAGCGACAAAGGCAGAGGUGGAGUCAAAAAAAGGCAUAAUUUAAAAAUAAAUAAUGAAAAAGACAUUAUUUGAGGUUCAAGGUUUUCAGGAAGUUAACUUUUCAAAAACACACGCAUAGAUUUUUUUCAAACUUUGCCAAGGUAAACUGCCUUAAGUAUUCAUUUAAUCAAUCAAUCAAAGAGUAUAUUUAACUUCGAAUUAGUUGAUAGUAAAAUUCAGUGCUAAUAUCUCCAAAGAAAAUUAGCACACUAGAAGAUUCUAGCAGAAUAUUACUAGAUGUUAAGAAAAUUCCCAUUAAUUAUCAUGUCAUUGUUAUUCUGUUACUAUGGAAGCGAUGAUGAAACCAAAACGUAAUAAUCAAAGCUCGAUUGAUAUGUUGUUUCAUUUUGUGGCUUUUUCUUACUUGCACUACAGCCAAAAUUACACGGCAUCAAACACGAAGGGAUAAGUCCAUGACAAAUAGGUGCGAGCCUCAUUAAUUGUUUCGGAAAGAAAUUAACCGUUUGCUUCAGAAAAGUAGAGCUGUGACUAAGACUUCAAGUUACCAGUAAACGCAACAAGUAGGUGGGGAAUAAAACACCCGGGGAUUUCUUUUGGUUCUCUUUUUCUUUUAUUUUCCUAUGAAAGAAGCCGCGUGCGUUCAUUGUAGCCGGGGGAAGUCUUCCGCUCUACGGCCUUUAGUGACUGCCUUGUGAUAAGCCAAAAUGUCAGCCAUUGACCGUAUACUGUUAACUGCAGCUUAUACGUCUUUAUUAGUGGUUUUGGGAGGGUUUAUAAUGGAGAGGCUUAAAUCUGAGGGGGCUUUUAACUGGAAUAGAAAAAGCACUGUACAGGCCCCGAAAUGAUCCCAAACUCUGAAAUGAUCCCCAAUGCAACCACGAAAUGAUACCGACCCUGAAAUGAUCCCACCUCUCUUCACAUGGACCCCGAAAUGAUCCCCAAUGGGAAUGGUAUUCCACCACAGAAUUAUUAGGUUUUUCCCCGGGUACUCCGGUUUCCCCCUCUCCUCUAAAACCAACAUUUCCAAAUUUCAAUUCGACCAGGAAUAAGGUAGACGAAGAAUCACUUUGUGGAUGUGCUACCUCUAAAUCAUUAUUUAU